AUGUUGCCGGGGUCGGCCUUGCUGUGCGACGACGGGUAUUCCUCGACGGCGGCGCGCGACGUGGACGAUCUGAUCGAGCGCGCCGACGGCUUCGCCGGCGUCUUCCCGGAGCACAAGUACGAAAUCGUCCGGCGCCUGCAAGCGAGGCGGCACGUGGUGGGGAUGACCGGCGACGGGGUGAACGACGCGCCGGCGCUCAAGAAGGCCGACGUCGGGAUCGCCGUGGCCGGCGCGACCGACGCAGCCCGCAGCGCGGCCGACAUCGUCCUCACGGAGCCGGGGCUCAGCGUGAUCGUCAGCGCCGUGCUCACGAGCCGAGCCAUCUUCCAGAGGAUUAAGAAUUACACGAUCUACGUCAUCGCCAUCAACAUCCACAUCGUUCUGGGAUUCCUGCUGCUGGCCACGAUUUGGAAAUUCGACUUCUCGCCCUUCAUGGUGCUGGUGAUCGCCGUUCUGAAUGACGGCACCAUCAUGACCAUCGCCAAGGACCGUGUCCGGCCGUCCCCGAUGCCCGAUCGCUGGAGGCUGCGAGAGAUCUUCUCCACUCGCAUCCUUCUCGGCUCGUACCUCGGUCCCAUGACUGUCGUCUUCUUCUGGCUCGUCCGUGAGCCGCACCGCUUGGGAAAUUCGUUGCAUGUGGAGCCCAUCGGCGACGAUCAUGACAUGCUGCUCUCCGCCAUCUACUUGCAGGUCAGCAUCGUCAGCCAGGCGUUGAUCUUCGUCACCCGGUCUCGAGGCUGGUCGUUCCUCGAGAGGCCGGGCCUCCUGCUGUUGACUGCUUUCGCCGUCGCGCAGCUGACUGCGACUCUGAUCUCCGUGUAUAUGACCCUCUCGUUCGCACGAUUAAAGCCGAUCGGAUGGGGAUGGGCGGGGGUAGUGUGGGUGUAUUCCAUAAUCACCUACAUUCCUCUCGACCUCAUCAAGUUCGCAAGCGCUAGUCUUAGUAAGCACUAUUAA